UCCUCUCACAUUGGCCUCCCAAAGUGCUGGGAUUACAGGCCACCAUGCCCGGCUUUCUUGAUUUUAAACUCUAAGACAUUGCCUUUGUCUCCCGAACAUGAAACUAUCAGUAAAGCUUCAAAGUAAGAAACCUUAAUUUUGUUUUUCCAUUUUCAGAUUGUCUUUUUUGAACACAAGGCCAUGUUUUGCUAUUUCAUAUUCAACCACAAAGUAAAGUUAAAACCCUGUAAGACCGUAUUUAGUAACUCAUCUUGCUGUCUAAUGGGUUAAGCAGUCAGGGAUGGGCAGCCAGGGCUGAAGUGUGAUAAGCCUUAUUUUUCCUAGUCCAAUUCCCACGUCUUAGGAAGAGUGAAAGAUGGUUGAAGAGGUUUGACUAUGGAAGGACAGGUGAAAAAGCUUAGACUGAACCCAGAAUAUGGUAGAUUUUGUCAUGAGAAAGUACCAUGGUUCUUCUCAUUGCUUUUCAGGAGCCCCCCAAAAUAAAUUUCUCCCUCUUUAUCUGCGAUUCUUGGUUUAAAGUACUGUAUCAAAGGUGCUAGAGUGGCUCGGAACUGUUAUCCCCGAGGGCUGGGCUCUGCCUCCACACGUGCGAGUGUCAGGUCCUGUUCUUAGAGUCAGGUACACAGGAGCGAGCACCGCCGAGCUCACGGUUAUUAGGGGGAAGAUGCUAGAUACGGAAGUGAGCAACUCAAAUGUCAUAAACCAGGAUGCUGGGGCGGCGCAACAGCCUCCAUUCGCUUCUUCACUCCCUGGGUAAUGGUGAGCAGCCAGUUCUUCCAGGCCUUCCAGCGCCGGAGCCUCGGGCGUGGACAAAAAGCGUCCGUGCUCAGCCUGGGCCAGUUGGGAGCCCCCAGUCUCCGAGGUGGAAGAACAGUGCCCACCAGCGUGGUGGGGCUGCGGCCCGGAAACCCUGGGGGGAGCCCUGAGCCCUGGCGGGCUCUCGCCGCGUGGGCGCCGGGCAGACGGUUGGGGUGCGGGGCGGGGCCCGGCCGGGGGCGCGGGGCUCCAGGCCUCCGGGCUCGCCCCAGCCGCUCGGGGCCGGCGCACCGAUGGCGUUUCUAAGGUGACGCCGUCCACACCGGCCUUCUCCGCGGGCGGAGGAAACCCCUAUGAACCCUUCGGCCGCCUUCCUCGUCGGGCGCCAGAACAUCGGGUCAGAAGUUGAGAUUUCCACUAUUGAGAAACAACGGAAGGAGCUGCAGUUGCUCAUUGGAGAGCUGAAAGAUCGAGAUAAAGAGCUCAAUGAUAUGGUUGCAGUGCACCAGCAACAACUGCUUUCAUGGGAAGAGGAUCGGCAGAAAGUGUUGACAUUGGAAGAACGUUGCAGCAAACUGGAAGGUGAACUACAUAAAAGAACUGAAAUAAUCAGGUCACUUACGAAGAAGAUAAAAACCCUUGAAUCCAACCAAAUGGAAUGCCAAACAGCUCUCCAGAAGACCCAACUACAGCUUCAGGAAAUGGCUCAAAAGGCAACACAUUCUUCUCUUCUCUCUGAAGACCUUGAGGCUAGAAACGAAAGCCUCAGCAACACGUUAGUGGAACUUUCUGCUCAGGUAGGACAGUUACAAGCUCGAGAACAAGCUCUCACGACAAUGAUAAAGCUAAAGGACAAAGAUAUUAUUGAGGCAGUCAAUCACAUUUCAGACUGUUCGAGUAAGUUUAAACUGCUAGAGCAUGCUCUGCGCGAUGCCAAGAUGGUGGAGACUUGUAUUGUGAAAGAAAAGCAAGAUUAUAAGCAGAAAUUGAAGGCACUUAAGAUUGAAGUUAAUAAACUAAAAGAGGACCUCAACGAAAAGACAACAGAAAAUAAUGAGCAACGAGAAGAGAUCAUUCGCCUCAAGCAAGAGAAAAGUUGCCUGCACGAUGAAUUGGUUUUCACAGUAGAGAGAGAAAAGAGGAAAGACGAAUUGCUUAAUAUUGCGAAGUCAAAGCAAGAACGCACAGAUUCAGAACUGCACAAUCUGAGACAGAUUUAUGUAAAACAACAGAGUGAUCUGCAGUUUCUUAAUUUCAAUGCGGAAAAUUCUCAGGAAUUAAUACAGAUGUAUGAUUCAAAGAUGGAGGAAUCAAAGGCUCUAGACUCCAGCAGAGACAUGUGUUUAUCAGACCUUGAAAAUAACUACCCAAAAGUCGAUAUUAAGAGGGAAAAAAAUCAGAAGUCACUGUUUAAGGACCAGAAAUUUGAAGCCAUGUUGGUUCAGCAGAAUAGGUCAGACAAGAGCUCUUGUGAUGAAUGCAAAAAGAAACGGCUGAUCAAUACUGCCUUCGGGGAGAAAAGUGUAAUUACGCUGUCGUCCAUAUUUACAAAAGACUUAGUAGAGAAACGCAAGUCUUGGCCUCUGGGAGGAAAAGCCCAGAUUGAACCCGAAAACAAAAUUACACUGUGCAAGAUCCAUGCAAAAUCACCAAAAUGUCACGGAACUGGGGUUCAGAACGAAGAAAAACAACCCUCAGAAACGCCCACUUUAUCUGAUGGGAAGCAGUGGCACGACGUCAGUGUUUACCUGGGCCUGACCAGCUGUCCAAGUUCAAAACAACCAGAAAAGCUGGAUGUAGAAUGUCAAGAUCAGAUGGAAAGCUCCGAAAUCUCAUGCUGCCAGAAAAAUGAAGCCUGUCUGGGUGAAAGUGGCAUGUGUGACUCCAAGUGCUGCCACCCAAGUAACUUCAUAAUUGAAGCCCCAGGCCACAUGUCUGACGUGGAGUGGAUGAGUAUUUUCAAACCUUCCAUGAUGCAGAGAAUUGUCCGCCACAAAUCUGGGUGCACGUGUUCAGAAAGCAUCCGUGGGACAAGACGUGAUUCCCUGGCCAGUGAGCUAAUUGCCAUCCAAGAUCCCCACUCUUUGGGCUCUUCAAAAGCUGUCUUGAGAGAAGAUGAGACAGAGUCCCCUUCCGAAAAAAAGAACUCACCUAAGAGUUUGUUAAUCUACGAAGAGGCACCAACACUCAAUGAAAAGGCUUCAAUUGUGUUGUCCUCCCAGGAUGAAUUCUCACCCACGAGCAAGCUCCAGCGUUUGCUGGCCGAGUCUCGUCAGAUGGUGACGGACCUGGAGCUGAGCACGCUGCUGCCCAUCAGCCAUGAGAAUCUCACUGGCAGCGCCAUGAAUAACUCGGAGGUCCCAGAAGAGUCAGCUCAAAAAAAUACCUUUGUCAGUUACUGAAGGAAACAAAAGGCAACUUCAGUAUUCAUCAGGAUCGUGG